CUGCUCUCUCUCCUUUCUCCUCAUCUUCAUCUUCAUCUCUCUCCGCCCCAUUUAGCAAAACCCUACUUCCCUCUAGCCAUGACAGUUUUGCCUAUGCCAUUUCCACACCGAAAUUGUCGCUACGCCUGAGCCUUCUGUCGUUGACAGAGAAAAGUUUUUCCCCUUUUUACUUCAAAACGCGUUGAUCCUCAAAAUCAGAGAAUAGUCGAACUAUUUUUGGUAACACCGAAUCGAAUCACGUGACCAUCUGCUCAAAAACACUUUCAACGUUCAGAUUUGAACGGACUCGAUUUGAAUCCUAUACCAGAAAAUCCCGCCCAAUUCGAACCAUAGCAAACCCUAGGGAUUCUACUAUAAAUAUUCCAUUUGAGGGAGUUCUUUUUCAGCCGCCUAUAUUUUUCAUCACUAUAUCUCGGAUAUAUUAAUUUGAAAUAUUGAGGGGUUUACUCUUUCGAUUCUGCUGUUGCUUUGAAAUCGAGUGUAGAUCGGAGAUUUAUAGCCCCGUUCACUGCACCCGAACAAGUGGAGGUCAUGCAUUUUGCUACAUCAAAUGACAAGUGUUGUAGCAAAAUUAAGAAGAUAGUUGUUUCUCUUUCUCAAUUUCCUAGGUACAACAACAGUAGUGCUGAACUUUCUUCAAGAUUUUCUUCGUGCGACUCUCAUGAAAUAUAUAAAUCCGCUAGUCUUCAGCAUUGGUACAAGAAUUGGAAUGAAUUGAGAAAGCAUAAACUUACAGCUAGCACUUUUGGUCAAGCUGUUGGUUUUUGGCCUAAGCGUAGAGUCCAACUCUGGUUGGAGAAAAUUGGGGCGGUUGAACCCUUCUGGGGUAAUGAUGCCACAGCUUGGACUAACAUCAAGGAACAGGAGGCUCUUGUAAGAUAUAAGCUAAUUACUGGAAAUCCUAUCUCUUUUACUAAUUUUAACGUCUAUCGGGAAAUGAACAAGGGGGUUGACUGGCUUGGAGCUUCCGCAGAUGGUGUGGUUGACAAGUUUGUUUAUCAUUUACCAUCCAGAGGGGUUUUGGAGAUCAAGUGCCCGUACUUCAACGGUGAUAUGACUAAGGCGACUCCUUGGAAAAGAAUUCCCAUUUAUUAUGUUCCACAAGCUCAGGGUUUAAUGGAAAUAUUGGAUCGAGACUGGAUGGACUAUUAUGUUUGGACUACCAAAGGAAGCAGUUUGUUUAGGAUGCAUCGUGAUGAAGAAUAUUGGCAACUCUUGAAGAUUGCACUUUCUGACUUCUGGUGGAACCAUGUCCAGCCAGCAAAGGAGUUGUGCAAGAGAUCGCACAUCAAAAAUCCCCUUGUUGAACUUGCGUCCUAUAAGCCAGGACCUAAGCAUGAAUUGUUCCGGUCUAUUAUCUAUGAAAGUAGGUGUGUGCUUGACAAUUCCACGUUGCUUAUGCGUGAAAUUGAUGGAAAAUUACAGAACUGAGGUACCUUUGGAGUAUCUGUUUGCAUAUUUAAACACCAACUAACCAAGAGACGCUGGUUGGGAGGUCACAUCAUGUGACUCACAUGCAUUGGCCUGAGUCAGUUGAGCAAAUGAAUUUCUUCAAUGGCCAAAGUGAAGGCAGCUGCUAGGGCAGAGUUGGAACUAACUUUUAUGGAGAAGCUAAGUUUAUCGCUGUUGCUGACCCGGGCAACAUUCAAAUAGGAGAGGGAAGUGGUGACUGCAGAAUGAGGGUGCACAUGUGUUGUUAUGUAUCAGAAGGAAGCUUGGUGAAAAAAACUAUGUUUAGAGCUGAAAUGUCUGGUAGGCAACGCUGCUCUUACUUCCCCGGAGCUCAAGAUUUGGCAGAGACAUCGAUUCAAAUAAUUCAGAUGCUGUAUGAGGAUGUUGAAUGCUUACCGUGCCCAGGUGACAGCGGAUGGUGGGGGCUAUGCAGCCAUCUGUUAAAUUGUAGAGUGUGCAAAAAUUAUCUGCAUCCUCUUCAUCAAUGGGCUGCAGCUCUAGAGAAAGACAUGGAAGCUGAAGAUGUUGCAGAUUCUAGCACAAACAUGGAUUCAGAUAGUUUAGAUGCUGAUGUUGAUGGCCAUAUGAGAUGUGAAAAGGAGUUCGAGCUGUUGGUGGAGCACAUGAUCACCGAAGAACUUGCUCUACGAGCAAUCAUAACAAAUUCUGAGCUUUUGGUUUUCGCGUCCACAGAACUGCCCAUGCUAUACUGGAGAUUUAAGGGUAAGUACUACCUCUGGGGUGUUUUCAGACCAAAGCGGGAUUCCAGUAGGAAUACUAUGAUGCCAAAUGGAAAGAGUGCGACCUAGUAUGCUGUUUUAACUGGUUGCUAAUGCAUAUCUGUCAGAGGGCUGCGAAUCUGGUGAUUAAGAUGAAGCAGCUUUCUUUUUAGAGCCAUCUUGCGGGGGAGUUUUGCUUGGUUGAAGAACCUAAUGACCACUGAAAGACACCUGAUUUAACAAAAGCCUUCUGUUUUAGCAGUUGAUUGGAGGACUAGUGAGCUUGAUAUAUGCAGGAGCAUGGCCAUUUCUUUUGUAGUUACUCCUACUUUGAUUGUCAAGAAGUCUAAAACUUGUGCAGUUGUACAUGACCAUUAUAAACCAAACACCACCAUAUCUAGGAAGAGAAGCGUUUACAUUUUUCUCUCUUCUGCCGCACCCAACCCCCCCCCCCCCCCCUCCUUCUUCUGGUUUAGGGGCUCGUCUUGUAUAUUUUGAAACGAUAUCAUGUAAAAGAAGGUUAUGGAAUAUUAAACUA